CGUAUCACCAACGAUUGCUAGCGAUGUCAUUUGUAAGAAUAAUAAAACCGGGUCCAAAGUUGGAAAUUUACAGCAACGCUACUCUUAGCAAGAUACGGGUACCAACGCAGCCUAGACGGAUCAGAGGAUGGGAUCUCCUCACGGCAUGCCUCAGGUACACCUGAGGAGAUCACGCAGUUCACUCUGCCUGGUCUCGACACUGUGCCUGCUGCUUAUCCUAAUGUGGCUGAGGUGUCGGUUUUCCUCCGUCAACUCUGAUUGGUCAUUUAGACCCUUUGGUGGAGUGGACGGCAAAACAGACAAUAAGAACUUGACACUGGUGAUUUUGCCGUCUGGGUUGGCGAAUAUCCAAGGAGCGUAUUGUUUGGAUGGGAGCCCGCCGUCUUACUACAUUCGGAGAGCGCAAAGUGCCGCUAGCCAGGGGUCCUGGCUCGUCAUUCUGCAGGGAGGUGGUUGGUGCUGGAAUGUCUCAGACUGCUACAAGCGCAGCUUAAGCGGCUUAGGCUCGUCAUACCGACUGCCGAAAGAGAUGCCAUUUGGUGGGAUAAUGUCGCCUAAUGCCACAGUCAACCCAGAAUUCCACGACUGGAACAUGGUGAUGAUCAACUACUGCGACGGUGCAUCAUUUUCAGGCAACUUGGAGAAAUCAGUCAGGUAUAACAACACCAGCAUCUACUUCCGAGGUCACCGUGUGCUGAAAUUGGUCUUGGUCAACUUGUUGCAGAUGACAAGCUUAGGGGAAGCUGACCAGAUCAUUCUGGGUGGUGUGUCUGCUGGUGGUUUGGCCAUGUAUCUUCAUGUGGAUUUCAUCCGUAGCUUCAUCCCUUCUCAUAUUCCUCUGCGAGGUAUUGUGGAUGCUGGCUUCUUCUUGAAUGAGAGGAACAUCUCUGGCUUUGAGCACUACCGCAUCCACAUGGAGAAGAUUUUCAACAUGCAGAAUGCAUCAGGAAGUGUAAACAAGGCCUGCUUGGAAGACAAAAGUACAGCCAAUAAAUGGAAGUGCUUCUUUGCUGAGUAUGUCUAUCCUUAUAUCAGCACCACUCCCCUCUUCAUUGUGAACUCCGCCUACGAUUACUGGCAGCAAUGGUUUAUACUGGACCUACGGUGUCACCCGAUCCAGUGCCCUGACAAGUUGAAGUACCUUACCAGGCAUCACACCAUCUUCGUUCAUGAGAUCAAGCAGGUUUAUCACCACCAGGGUGACGGCAUGUUUGUCAGCUCUUGCUAUGCGCACAGCCAAGUGUUCCACGACGACACAUGGUCGACGUACAGAGUGGGCGGCAAGACGACAAGAGAAGCAUUUGGGGACUGGUACUUUGAACGCACGCCACCAGCCCAGUCAAGGUAUAUGGAUUGCAGCAUGGACUAUAAUUGCAAUCCAUCAUGUAAAAGGAGCUGGACAUUACCCUUCUAUAAGAACGUGACGGAUCAUUUGAAGGAGUCCACACCUGACUUCUAAGUGGCAAAAAAUAUUUGAAGUUGCAAUAAUGCUUACUGAAAUAGUUUGGUGCAGAUCCUUCGAUAAAUUGUGCCAAUAAUGACUUUUGGCCUGAUUCUAAGGGCCUUAGGAGUCAUCUCAAAUCUCGUCAAGGAUAAGUUGUGGAAAAAUUGUGGGCAGAGUGACAGGUUGUGGGGGAAUCUAUGAGCUGGCCAUUUACUGUGAAGGCCUGUUUACAUUACCAAAGGGCUUGGAAUAGGUGAUCAGUAAGUAGUUUGCAGUUUCCAGAGACUGACCUUGGAUCACUCUGUUGUUGUGUUCAGUGUUAAAAGACUGAAUAAGAUGGUUGGUUGGAAAUAAAAUUCUACACACU